AUGGAAGAAUUCGGCCCUGCACGUUCUGCCGACAGUUUUUCAACUACGGAAGUUAGAACCGUCAACCAUAGGUAAGACUUGGGAAUUUUUUAUUUCAUCUAUGGAUUUCUUUAUAAUUGUUUUUGUUUUCUAUAGUUUUCAAGGCAAUUUAAGCACUUUCCGAGCAGCUCUCUAUUCAAAAUUCCGUUUCUUGGUCUCUCAAACUUUUUUUCAUUAUUUUGCAAAAUUUCGCAAAAAAGUAAAAAGAAAUUGAAAGUGUUGAAAAGUAGAAAAUUUUCAAUCUUCCGUAAUUUUUACGCAAAAAAAAAAUGUAAAUGAGAGGUUUUUUUUAGAAUGAAACAGACUAUACAAAAAAUUCAACUUUUUUCCACAUUUUGAAUUCAAUAUUAUUAUAUUACUGAACACUUCUUCUAAUAAUUCGAGUUUUUUCCAGACAUUUGUGGAAAAUCAGCGGAUUUUCGCAGUGCGAUUGUCGAUACCUUGAAACGAGCGUCAAAGUUUUGGACAUAAGCGCGGUUCGCGCCUCUUUUUCGAAGCAACAAUCUGACUUUGCUGUUUCCAGUUACACCAAGAAACGACAAACGCCUCAACUUCCACCGACCAUCCGACGAUAACAUUCCGGAUUCGACUGCACCCUCAAGGGAACAAAGAAUCCAACAAAGAUUUUACUUUUUUCCAGGUGCUUGCCACGAUUUUCAGCUUUUUUUCUAAAUCAAACUUUUCAGUGUUUCACCAACAGCACAGCGACGCCUCACUACAAAUCUAAAUUCAAAUUCACGAUUUUCAACUCUCGAAAUGAAGAAACUACGACUACAGUUUAUACUGGCACCCAGCAGGUUACUUUCCCUUAUAAGGUUUUUGGUCAUCGUUUUUUCUUUUUUUUUUUUUGGAAAAAAUGAGAUAAAAAGGUCGUUUAACUGUGGGAUAAAAAUCUUCUGAAAUUAUUAGGCAGAAUUUAGAAGAUAAUGGGCACGGAUAAAAUAGGAAGGCUUUUAUUGACGCUCAAAAAAAGAAAUUUCUGUAAGUUAUUGAUUUCAGGCCAAACUGAAGCCAUAGUUUACUUAUUGCACAGUUUCUGCAAAAAAAAAAACUCGAUAUAUAUCAAAAAAUAAACCAGCCUUUCACAAUUCUGUAUGACGCGAGCGUCUUUGCGCUGCGUGGCGUUAUUUCUUUUUUUUUGCGUCGCUUGAAUGGCGUGGGACGCCGUGUAAAGAUGACCUUUCAGGCGUCAAGAAAAUUUUUUUGCGUUCAAUAUUUUAAGGGGGAAUAAAAAUUGAAUUCUCUAUUAAAAAAAAAAUUAAUGCCGUGCUCAAUGUAAUUUCAGCGAAAUGCAAAUUUAUCUCUGACUCUCCAAAUUUUAGUUAUCUUUCUUUUUCUCUGAAGGCGAUUUCGGAUUUUGCGGAUUCACUUUGGACAUGGCAUAACAUUUUAAUUUCACUUGAUGAAGCUUUCUAAGUCAUGUACGAGCUUUUUUCACAUUGAAAACGGUUCGAUCUUACCUUUCUGGUUCAUUUUUACUUUUUGCUAGUUUCAAACUUUGCAAUUUUCAUUAUUUUCAGCUUCACGGCUACUUUGAAUACAUCCGCCGUGAUUUAUUGAUUUCCCAUGUUCAACCGACCGAUGAACUCCAACUUACCCUCAAUAUCACGUGCACUUUUGAUUCGGUCACGAAGUCCAGGUGAAUCGGGUUCUUUCUUUGAAAUAUUUCUCUGUAUGAAAAAGUUGGAAAAGGUUCAAGUGCAUGUGGAACAGUUAAGAUAUAUUUGCAAGACCUUUUCAGUGCCCAUUUUCUCUUUUUAUUUCCAAACAGAUGAACUAAACUUCAGGUCGAACAGCGAGUUGACUUCGAUUCCGAUUCCGCCGCCGAAGCCCGACGAAGUGGCCAAAGAUCUGGAGCCGAUGUUCCGAGACGGAAAACAUUCCGAUUUCACAAUCAUCGCCGGAGGCCGAGAGAUCCCGACACACAGGGUGACUUUUUUCGUCUCGUUCAAGAAAAUUAUUUUUUUUUUUCGUCAUUUUAGAACAAGAUUGAGAGCUUUAUUGAUUAUUAUUUUUAUCAAACUUAAUUUACCUUUUAAGUAUCAUUAUCAUACUUCUAAUUGUCUUUUUUUGAAGAAAAAAACUAUAAAAAUUUACUUGAAAUAGUAAAGAAUCCUAUUUUUUUGAAGAAUUUCGCGGAAAUUACCUUGAACAUUGCACGAAAUCUCGUUUUUCUAUCAAAAAAAUACAGGCUUUUGUAGGAUUCCAGUUCAGUGAAUCUUUAAAAAAACGCGACAUAAAAAUUUUACAAAAAUCACAUCUGUUCCUUAAAAAUGUUAUUUUACUGGCUUUGAUGUUAUUACACUGCGUGGUUCUUUGAGCUGACGCACUUGGUUCCAUUUUUUUGUUGCGUGAUAUCCUAACAGAGCACACUUCCUCCGGCAUUUUUCUGAGGUGUUCCAGUUGAUAAAUAAAUGAUUUUGAAGAUCGUGAUCGCCGCCCGAUCUCCGGUCUUUGCCGCAAUGCUGGAGCCUCACACGGAAGAAGCGCAGACAGGUCGCGUCGUCCUUCCUGACAUCGAUUACGAGGUUUUUUCGAUCUAAAGCUUCUAGUAACACUGAGAGUUUUCGAGUAAGGUUUUCAAAACAAAAAAAUCAAUUAUGAAAUUGGUUAGAAUGAGCAUAGUUACUGUUUGUAGUAGUUUGCUUGAUAUUUUGAGUCUUUUGGGUUUUUUAUUUUUUUGAAAAUGUUUGAAGAAGGAACGAAACAUUUUUUGUUUUUUAUGAGUGAAAGCUUUCUAAUCUCAGAACUUUUUAACUUUUUGGUAAUAUUCAAAAAUAGCUCGAUAUUUUGAUCCUUUUAAACGUGAUGUCGAAUUCAAAAGAGAUAUUAGUGGGAUCAAAGUUAUGAGACUCCGAGUCUUUUUCGUAUGAUAUUUCAAGUUUUCUAGGUGAUGUACGAACUUCUGAUGUACAUGUACACGGGCCGAAGUCCGCACCUGGCCUCUUAUGGUUUGGAAAUCCUCGCUGCAGCCGACCGAUUCCAGCUUCCUGGCCUCAAGGAGAUGGCCGACGUUGUUCGUUUUUUUUUAAUCAAAGAAAAUAUCUAAAAUCUAGCUCUGUGUAGUUUAUCAAAAGGGUGAACGUAGCCAAGUAGAGUUUAAACUUGAAUAAUAAGUUUUUUUCAAAGAUCAAAUUUUUGAAGAAAAUAAUACUCUCUGGUCGCAAUUAGAAUGGCUAAAUGUAUCGCGAUCAAAGUUAAAAUUCGCGAUUUAAUUUUCUCUAAGUGGACUCAUGUAGUAGCAAAUACGCAGCCGUUUCGCAUUAAGAAUAUUAAAAAGCCUCUUUUUCUGUGAAUAAAUGUUAUAGUGCAUGCGCGGAAGCAUUUUUAUUUCUCUGCGACACUCUUCUGUUUUGAAGCUAUUUCUAUAGGCCUAUUACCUAGUCGAUGAAAAAAAAAGAGUCGCAGACAGUUCAGACUGUUUCAAAUCGUGGCGAAACACUGGGAUUUUUUUUUCAAUUUUCCGGUUAGGUAGAAUGAAUCCUUUUUCAGAAUAUCCCUUUGACUUUCUCAAUAUUUUUGUUUCAGGCUGUCAGGAGUACAUUCACGGUGGAAUCGGCCUGUCGACAACUCGUCUACGCGGAUAUGUACAGUGCUCCGGAUCUGAAGAGAGAAGCCAUCAAUUAUAUCGUCGACAAUGUCCCUUCGGUCACCAAUGUCCGUAUUUUUAUGAUUUUUCCUAGAAUUUAAAAGAAAAAAUGUUCAUUUUUCGUGAAAAUAUCUUCUUUAACGUCUAGGUGACGUUUAGAAUAAGAAAUAAAAAAGUUGAAGAUGUAUUCCUUUAGCUUUUUUAUGUAAAAGUUACGUUAGAGAGGACUGUAGCUUUUGAUGGAUUAAUUAAAAUUUCAAAUCUUCACAUUUCAGUCCGAAACGUGGAACCAAAUGAUCAAGGAGCACCCGUUUUUGGUGACAGAAGUCGUUCGAUUUUUGGGCGGAAAGAACUGCUUUUCUCGGAAUCAAACUACAACCUCCAGCUCUCGUGGAAAUCGUCAGUUUUUUUUAAAUCUUAACUGUAUUGGAAUUGUAGAGCAUCCAUGGACAAUUUGUGAGAAAAUGUUCAAAACUGAGGCUUGAGAAAAGAAAUUGAAAAAUCAGUUUAGAAAACCGAGAUAAAUUUUCUUCAAAAAAACCUUGGCAGGUUUCACAAAAAUUUUUAGUUGAAAAAAUUUUUUGAGAAAUUUUGAGAGUUAAAAAAAGAGCAAUCUAUUUUUUUUUACAUAGGCAAUCAUAAUAUUCGAAAAGAAGCUUUAUCUGAAAUGUUUCAUCCAAAAAUAUCGGGUUUGGGCAAAAAUUCAUUAUUGAACUGAAGCUGGAUUUCCUCAAAUUCUCUUCCGAUAAGUUCCUUUGAAAAAAAUCGGGUGUUUUAAAAAUCUAUCUCAAUUCCAUAGUUUUCUUAAAUUAUAAAAUGAAUUUUCAGGCGAACAGCCCCCAACAAAACGAGCUCGCCACAGCGAUGUCUAA